AUGUUGAUAGGAGAUACAGACAUAGCCAGGCUUGUGAUCCACGGGGAACAAGCUGAGGAAGAUAAGCUGAGAGAUAGGGAAGAGUUCCAGAAUAAGAAGGUUAAGACUACAUGUCGGGACAACAAAAAGCUGGAAAUGCAAACCGGUCAUCUUUUCAAUAAAAUCCAAUUGGACCUGCUCUAUCAUAUGCUAGUUCACUUGCACCAAAGAACAAAGUGUGGUCAAGCAGGUCACUCAAUGAGAGAGUGCCCUAAGAACAGGAAGGGGAGUGGUAAUGGGGGCAAUAGAACCCAAUCUUCUUCAGCGACUCUACGGGCUCUACCAGACAAUGUUGCACCUAGAGGAGCUACUUCAGGGACAGACGAAAGAGCAAACCAUUUGUAUGCCACCACCAGUCAUCAAGAGCAGAAGAAAUCACCAGAUGUUGUGACUUCAGUUCCAGCUGUGAGUGAGUUUCCAGAGGUCUUCCCAAAUGAUCUUCCUGGAGUCCCUCCUUAG